AUGGCCACCGCAACCGAAACCCAGUCUCUUCGGAGGCUUCAACGCAGCCAGGCUUCUCCGAAGGCCGACCCUCAGGGUCAAAUCGAAAGAGAAGACCCAAGUCACGGUCAAGAAACAGUGGAAGAUAAAUUCUUCUGGACAUACACUGAAGAGCCCCAUCGAACCCGGAGGCAAGCAAUCAUUAAAGCACACAAGGAAGUCUUGCAGCUGUGCGGACCGGAACCACUCACUAAAUACCUUGUCCUGGCGGUCGUCCUGCUACAGAUUACCUGUGCCAGCUUGCUCCGGAACAGUGCUGUAUUCUCGUGGCCGUUCUUCCUGACAGCAUAUAUUGUUGGUGCCAGUGCCAACCAGAACCUCUUCCUUGCAAUCCACGAAAUCAGCCACAACCUGGCCUUCCGAACCCCAAUCUAUAACAGGCUCUUCGCCAUCUUCGCAAACCUCCCCAUCGGCAUCCCAUACUCCGCUGGGUUCCGACAGUAUCACUUGACGCACCAUAAGUCAUUGGGGGUGGAUGGGGUUGAUACCGAUCUGCCCACAGCGCUUGAGGCUAUCUUCUUGGACUCAGUGCUGGGCAAAGCCUUCUUCUGCACCUUUCAGCUCAUCUUUUAUGCCAUAAGACCAAUGAUGGUCUACAAGAUCCCUUUUGGUCCGGUACACUACACCAAUAUCGUUGCACAGAUUGUCUUCGACAUCCUCAUCCUUCGCUACCUGGGAACCAAAGCACUCGUCUACCUGCUAAUGAGCUCAUUCCUUGCUGGGUCCUUGCACCCUUGUGCUGCCCACUUUAUCUCCGAGCAUUAUGUCUUCUCGAAGUCUCCCAUGGUGAAUGGAAAGAUGCCCAAGGACGUUCCGAUUCCUGAGACGUUUUCGUAUUACGGGCCUCUAAAUGUGCUCACCUACAAUGUUGGCUAUCAUAACGAACACCACGAUUUCCCUGCCAUCCCCUGGACUCGGCUACCUAAGGUUUAUGAGAUAGCUCGGGAGUUCUAUGACCCUUUGCCGUGUCAUAAGAGUUGGCCCUUGGUUCUGUGGCAGUUUAUCACUGAUAAAGAGGUGGGUAUGUGGUGUCGUGUGAAAAGAGCGGAAGGUGGACGCAUUGUUGGUGGCUGGACGGAUGGUGAGGUCCAGAGUUGA